AUGCAUCUUAACCCAGUCAAGCCGGAGAAACGAGAUGUCGACUAUCAAAGGGCUCUAGCCAAACACCUAAUUAAUGAAUUCGUCAAGGUUUAUCCCGACAAGGCAUCCGCAGUUCACCAACAUCUUGAGAUAGUCAAGGUGAUCUUGGAAGAUAUAGUAAAGGCCAGCGGCGUCCAGGCAAAUCCAGUACUCACAAGGGUCAAGGAACUCUCUUCAGCCCUAGACUCCCUUCAGAGACGCCAAGUUGCCCGGUUCGAGCGACAAGAGCUAAUAAAACGCAUGUGCCGAAGGGGUGGCAACUGGGAGCAGUACUGCAAAAGCCGUGGCGAGGAACGAAUGAUCGACAACUGGGGACCGUUUGAGAAUGUCCAAGAUAUGAUAGGCGUUCUCCACGACUUCGGUGGCGCUAGGGUCUGUACCUGCACGCCUAAAGGUGUUAGAAGGGUUGUCUCUUUUCUUCAACAAUGCCAACACGUGCGAGUCUUGAAUAUCGCUUAUAAGGCUAAUGGCAACUCGGACUUGGCUGAUCUCAGAAGCCAUGUAGAGAUACUGGAGCUUGGGCCUUCUUCGUCGGGGCCGAACCGUACGGAACAUAAAAUGGAAUCACUAUCAGAAAAGAAACGGCCUAUUGGAUAUCGAGCAACACAUGUAGUCGUUGAGAUGCUGGGGGACGUUAUCCCUAAGUGGCAUAGAGACUCUCACUAUAGGAUCGAGAUUCAGGUCAUGACUAUCUGGAUGCAUUGGUGGUCUCAGGCUGAACAUGGAAUUGUUUAUAAGCCUCAUUGUCACCAAGCUUCAGACCAAGUAAAGGAAGUGUUGAAUUCUUGGAACGGAAAGGUUACGGCUUUGGAAGACGGAUUGGAUCGGCUAUCAGAAGGCUCAACAGAUCCUAUCAUCUCUAGCGCAGUAAUCAACCUCAUACUCGACCUUACAUUUAUUUCACGCCCCUAG